AUGGUUAACGUAAUAGUGACCACCGCCGUGUCAGCCACUGAUCGGUCUGCGUCUGUAGAGUCAACAACGAGAGCUCCUGCGAUGAAUCAACGCUGCCUAAAAUUAGCUGUGAUGACCUAUCUUCGUAUGCAAAUGUACAUGAUCUGUCUGGACUUGGGACUAUGUACGCAUGCAUAUAAAGGCAUUAUCAUCAAUACUUACAUUGUUAUACGAACAUGGCCUCAAGUCGGUAAUACAGUGCGUCAGAUAUCCCAGCAACUUUUCCUCCCCCAGUGGAUGCCACACACUAUCAUCAUCGGCUCGAAGCCCCCGUAUAAAGUGGUGGGGUCCUUGGUGGAGGUCAUGAGCAUUGUGGCAGAGAAGUUAGGCGUCUGUGUGGAAUACGUGGUGCCGGAAGAUCGAAUUUUCGGCACGAAGGCCGCCAACGGCUCUUGGUCAGGUGUCAUGGGCCUUGUGGUGCGGGAGGAGGUUGACAUGACCGGGGCAGUGCUUUCCCAAGAAGCCGGGAGGUCGGAGGCCGUGGAUUUCAGCAUUCCUCUUUACAUGGACGCACAAAGAAUCAUUUACAAAAGUCCUGUUCUAACAUCUGACAUUGCUGGGUUCAUUAAACCUUAUUCAGGUUUGAUGUGGAGUAUGCUGGUCGCGUCGAUGGUCCUCCUAAUCACCGGGAUUUUCCUCGUGCAAGCCAUCCACAACAAAGCCGCAAGAGGACGCCAGAAUGUGGAACGUAGUUUUGGUACUGUCUGGCAAUCUUGCCAAUGGAUUCUGGGAGCUGCACUUGCACAGUCAAUGGUGCAUGUUCCCAGCGGCACAGCGGUGCGCGUCCUGUGGGGCAUGUGGCUUCUGGCGGCGCUCAUCGUCGGCUCAGUCUACCGCUCCAAUCUGAAGGCCAUGCUGAUCCUGCCCAAGCUGCGCUUGCCCUUUGACAACGUGAACGAGCUCACACAAACGGACAUUCCCUGCCUAGUACCUGCCGGGAGCGCCCUUAUGCAUAUCAUUCUGAGUGCUCCACCCGGGUCGCAACUGCACAAAUUGCACAAACAACUUCUUAUAACAAAUAAUGUUGAUAAGGCGGUACAAGGAAUCAUAGACGGAAAGGUCGCCGUCUUCAGCAGUGAACAUUUACUAAACUUUGUCAUUCAUCUGACAUUUUCACGUACACAAUCCUGCCCUCUAUACUAUGCUUCUGAGACCUUCUUUGGCGCAACAAGCCUCAGCCUCGCUUUCCCCAAGGGAUCUCCCCUGAAGAAGAAGAUUGACCCCAUCCUCUAUAAUCUGCAAGAAUUUGGCAUCUUGAACAAGCUUUAUAAGGACGGGGUGCAAAACCUAAGGGAGUGCCUCAAGCAGACGUCGUCCAAUUCACUGCGGUCAUUUGACCUUAUCGACUUCUAUGGCAUUUUCUGUGUCUAUCUGGGAGCCUUUGUUGAAAGAACUAUACCAGGGGCUCAGCAAACUUUCUUUUCCCAAAGGAUGAAACGUCUUGUGUGGUUCGGGUUGCCUUCUCCACCGCUUUACCGGACAGUUAUAGUUACUGCUGUUGUGAAUACAGUUAUCAAAAGGACAUCUGAUUGGGAAUAUUCCCUUAUCGUGGGAGCUUUUGGCAGAGAACUCUUUAGUUAA